UGAGGGCGGUCGGGCAGGCGAAUGACCUAUAGUCGGAGAUGACGCUUGUGGGCUGCAGGGGACAACAUGGCGGCGCGGGUUUUGGCGGCUCGGCCCUGGCGGACACUGAGGCCUGCGGCGUUGUGGGUGCGGCCGCACCGCCUCCAGCAUGAGCAGCUGCCCGAGCAGUCCGACCAGCCCAUACAAAUGGAGAAUCCCUAUAAAGAGCCUCCAAAAAGAUGUGUCUUAUGUGGGAUAAAUGUGGACUACAAGAAUGUGCAGCUUCUUUCCCAGUUUGUUUCUCCGCAUACUGGCCGCAUUUAUGGCAGGCAUAUAACAGGCUUGUGCAACAAGAAGCAGAAAGAAAUUACGAAAGCCAUUAAAAGAGCUCAAGUAAUUGGAUUUAUGCCAGUUAUGUUUAAGAACCCAGCAUUUCUCACAGACCCCAAGAUAUGUAAUAUUAAGUAUCCAGAGUAAUACACUGUAAAGAAAUAAACAAUAAAACUACUUUUUAUGA